AUGUUUCCUGUUAGACUAAACCGCGACGAUAGGAAGUCGAAGACCGUCAAGGCCAAGACAAACAAAACAAACAGAAAGACCUCAACCAAGGACCCAGAGGAUCCUACCACGGCUCGCUCAUCCACUUCCCAACGCAGGUCCUCCAUGCCUGGACUCGAGAGAUCAGAGGCCUCGUUCCUUGAAUCGAGAACGAGUCUACCGUACCCUACUUUCUCCAAAGCUCACAGCAAGGAGGGCGUCCGAGCCAGCAUCCCUACACCAGACCCGACCGAUUUGACACAUGACGACGGGAAGAACGGUCACCGCGAGAAUCACCAUGCGCCUCCUAGUCCGCCCCUGACUGGUCUCGACCAGGAGUCGAGGAAGGGCAGUAUCGUCAACGAGGAUGAGAAGGAGGCAGACAAACCCAAGAAAAAAACAAAUAUAAAAAUCAGAGCCUCCGAAGUCAACAGGUCCUCAUCGAGUCUCCGGUCAAAACGCGAUGAUAGCACCAAGUCCAAGUCCAGCAAGACGUCGCGAGCAGAGACCCCUACAAAGUCCAGACCUAAGGAUGAGACUGAAGCUUCGCCUCGGGCAUCAAGCCACAAGUCUAAGACAAAGGUCUCUGAUGAUCGGAAACUACCCAAGCGGUCGAGUCGCUCGACGAUGUCUGCCUCACAAUCGAACGUUACGCUUCGUGAUAUCGGCGCAGAGUCAGCUAACGGGUCCGAUGCGACGUCUAUUGCGCCCAACCAGCAGCAUUCGGUGCCACGAAAACCCAUGACCCCACCUACGAAGCCUCCCUCUCGAACCCAGAACCGAUCGGCCAUGUCCCAUCGUCGCACUCCAAGCGACGAAUCGAUCGAUUUUGUGAAACCAAGCAAUCCAAAUUCGUUUGGCGCGCCCCCCGCCUCCCCCGCCUCCGCCCGAAAUGCCUGCUACUAUUCCCCGAGUCGAUUACUUACUGAAAAAUGGUGGUUUGGAAAAUAA